AUGAGCACCGGCUCGCCUGGUCACGAUGAGAUUGAUGGAGGACAGCGGCCUGCGAAGCGCAGACGCGUUGCUUUGGCAUGGCGGCCAUGUCGUGAACGGAAGUCGAGAUGCAAUGGAGGGCAUCCAACCUGCGAGACUUGCAUGCAGCAAGGCUCGGAAUGCUCAUAUCCGCCACAGAUCUCCAAAAGUGAUCUGCUAAGGCAGGAAGUCUCAUGCACGAUCGAGAGCCUCGAAGAGAGAAUGGCAGGCAUGGAACGCGUUCUGGCUACCAUUGCAGGUAAUCAAGCUGUGCCACCAGCAGCGGCGGCGCGACUUGUGGCGACAAAUGCUACAACACAACGCGAGAGCUCUGGCGAGAUCACCAUUCACGAGGACGCUCUCCAAUGCACUUUAGAGCGCGAUCCAGAGACCGAUGGCAUCGGUAUUGUGCCGAGUACUUCCAGGGAGGAUGCUUUCUUUGGUCCAUCCUCUAAUAUCGCGUUCGUGCGUCUGGUCUCCCGCGCCUUGUCGAAGGUCAACGAGCAACAAAAUCCGAAUGGGAAGACGCAGACUAACGAUGCAAGCGGCGGCCACACCAGGAACAACCAAAUCCCGCCAAGCACCAAAGAACAAGAGCCUUCUGCAGGUGGAUUCCACCCCAGAAGGCCAGGUGAUGCUCCCAGGACCUUCUCAGUACCGCAUGAUUCGAAGGCAAGAGAGUUAAUUCGCGGCUUCUUCCUCAAUUGUGGUCACGUUCAUCCCUAUAUUCACGAAGGACGUUUUAUGCAGUCCUACGAGCAGGCGCGCAGAUCAAACUUUACAGAGAUCCGCCGGAGCUGGCUUGCUUUGCUGUACGUCUUAUUCGCGAUUGCGGCCCAGUCCUGGCCGUAUUUUGAAUCACCGUAUGCUGUUCACAACGCAGAAGCGGCGACUUACUACAAUCUAGGGUUCGGCCUAUGCUUGGAGCAAGUGUUCAAUGGUAGUGGUCCAAGCAUAGAAGUUGUACAAUGCCUCAUAGCCAUCUCACUAUAUUUGCAAGGCACAUACAGCUCAAGUGCUAGCUGGAUGUUCCAUGGGAUAGCGAUUCGACUUGCCUAUCAGCUGGGCCUCCACUCUGGGGGACCACCGAAAAGCAUGGACCCUAUUGAAUGUGAGGUUCGGGUCAGAGUGUGGUUCGGCGUUCUGCUGCUGGACCGUACUAUGAGUAUGACCCAUGGUCGACCUUCGCAGAUUCUCGAGCUACGUUCAGCGGUUCGUCGCCCACAAGUAUAUCUCGAUCCGGCCCAACGAGGCAUGCAGCAGCAGGACGAAUCGUCAGUGGCGUUCUUCAAUGCUAUGAUCGAUCUGUACGAAUUUCUCUACAAGACAAUUGAGGAUCUAUAUGGCAAGAACGGUGGUGGACGCACAAGCUUUACUUUGAAGACAAUAGCAAAGGUUUACACGCUCGAAGGAGAUUUGGCGCAGUGGACCAGCGACUUGGUGCCUCAGCUGUCUAUCUUGACAUCGAGCGAGCUUGCCAAGCAACCUAUGCAUUUGAACGAACCCGUAGCGUUGCUGAUCAGGCGGCAGAGGACUGUCAUUACCUUACGGUUUCACAACGCCCGCAUUCUCGUCCAUCGACCAGUGUUGGAGGGCUUGAUGGAUCUAUACCUAGCCACUGACCCAGAUCCCCAGCAUGCUGAGAGUAUGAGCAAGGCGGGAGCAAAUUGCGUGGCUUUAGCUAUGAGCAGUGCUGUCGAAUGUGUAGAGAUCGUACACCACUUGAUAGCUGGCUCGACACAUGGGCAUCAACAACUCGGGGCUUGGUGGUUCUCAAUAUACUACACAUUCAACGCAUGCUUAGCUAUACUUGCUGGUCUGGCGGUGUCUCAGCCAGGUACAGCCAGCGCCGAGCUGCUCACGAAGCAGGAGCAGGAUGCUGCAUUCAAGGCGCUUCAGCAAUCUCUCGAAGUGCUUGACUGCAUGGACCCUUCUGGCGAAGGUCCCUCCACAGUCACACGCUGCAGAGAUUACCUCAAAGAACUAGUAAGCAUUGCUGAGCCAAUGCGCAUUGGUAUGGUGGUAACAAGAGACGCAAUUUCGACAGCCUUCACGAACGGAGCUUAUGACACAAGCUACGAUCCUGCUAUGGUUUCAACAUUGCCAAUGACAGCUUCAAGCAUGGGUUACAUGGCACCAUCUUCGCUUUUCAGACAGUUCUCCUCGAAUGCUGACCUGGAGAGCUUCCUCUUCCCUGUCGACAUGCAGUCUUUCGGAGGGCAUCUCAUGGGCUUUGAUCAGCCAUUCAUCUGA